AUGUAGCCCACAGUGAAACUAAAAAGAACUUACCAUUUGAAAUACAUCGGUUGUAAUAGUAUGGUAAAAAGAAUCACGUUAUGAUACGAAAGCUGUGACAAGAAUGGUGGAAGAUAAUGAAAGCGAUGUGGAGAUCGACGAAGGAGGGCGGUGCGGUCUAUGGCGACGUUUGGGAUGCAUGCGGGGAGCAUGCGCCCGGCUGUGUCGGCGUCGGCUGCGCCUGCGGCGCGUGGCACCAGAGAAUGCUAUCGCCAAUGGGAAACCUCCCAGGAGCCGCGAGUCCCGAAGUCGCAUCAAUCGCCCGCCCUCAGCUCAGUACAGCGCGCUGGGCGAGCGAGUGCGCACAGCGGCGCCCAGUGCUCUACAGUGUGCUCUGUUCUGCGGCGGCGCACGGUGCCCGUACGAGCGCCCGCACCGUCCAGACAACGCCAUUCAGGGGCUCUACUCCGAUUGGAUCACGGACGACAUUCUGGCGAUGGCACGGCCCAACACGGCGGGCAUUGCCGCUAGAAAUAUCGUGCAGCAAUUCCACAGCUGGGGUAUCCGGACUGUGAUGAACCUGCAGACACCGGGAGAGCACGCCAGCUGCGGACCCCCGCUUACCACCUCCGGUUUCACCUACGACCCCAACGUCUUUAUGGCCAACGAUAUUUACUAUUAUAAUUUCGCGUGGGCGGACUACGGUGAGGCGAGCCUCUCAGGACUACUGGACAUGGCUAAGGUGCUAUCGUUCGCGUUGAAAGAGGGCCGCGUCGCUAUCCACUGCCAUGCAGGCCAGGUGUCCCUGGCUAUACACAGGUAA